AUGUCUUCCAAUGGCGUAUACCUGAACCACGAGGUACAGGAAAGUAAUGAAAGCUUAUUUUCCAACACCAACAAUAAUGCUAAUAACAACACUUAUAACAAUAAUUAUAACAAUGCCUAUAACCAUACGCAUGCUCAUUCCCUUCAAAGUACUCCUCCAAAGAAGAAAAGAGUACCUUCAUCAUCCAACACAUUAACUCAAAGCAAAAUCAAUAGUAUAUACUCAUCGUCCCAAGUGAACCCAAACUAUUCGUCAUCAAAUCUUUCCAAAGUUAACCACAUUACACACUCGAGUAAUCCAUACUCAAGCCAUCAUGGCUCAACCGUCUCGCUUGUAUCAACUCCAAUAAUGGAAAACGCACCAACUUUUGGCUCAAAUAGUUUAAAUAGUUCACCAUCCUUUUUUUCUACAGGCAAGUUUCCGUCAUCGUCAUUACCACCAACCGCAGCUGGAGUGAGCGGAUUAAACGGAGUAGGAAGUUUAGGAAGUUUAGGAAGUUUAGGGGGUCUAGGAGGUGCUGCUACGGCUGCUGGUGCUGCUGGUGGUGCGGGUGCUACUGGUGCUACUGGUGCAGGUGGCGCAUUCCCCUUAUCACCUCCUAUCUCAGAAUCAACAUCUCCCGAGUUACAGCCAGGCUUUGAAUUUGAAUACGGACAAGAUCUCAAAUUGAAUGACGGUUUCUCUAACCAAGUCAAGGGCAAUUACAUCAUCCAGAAAUUGGUCAACUUGAUACCCCCAAUAAAUUUCAAGAUAUGCUCACUCUGCUUUGUCUGGUACUUUUGUUCAAUCAUUUCAUCAAACUCCAUCAAAUUGGUCUUGACCAAUUUCAAAUACCCUGUAACGGUUACUGAAAUCCAAUUUUUGCUUAUUGCUAUUCUAAGCUUAAUUGCAUUGUGGCUUUCAAGAUUGUUUAGGUUAAACAUCCCCUCAGAGAUUUUCCCCUCAGGCAAAUCAGUAAGACAGUUUGUUCGUCCUACAAAAGAGAUUCUUCUGGCCACACUCCCGAUGGGUGGUUUCCAAUUUGUUGGCCAUUUAACAAGUCACAAAGCCACAUCUCUUAUACCCGUAUCUUUAGUACACACCAUCAAAGCAUUGAGCCCUAUAGUGACCGUUUUGGUGUUUAGGUUCAUGUUCCGUAAGGAGUACAAAAUGAGAACAUAUUUGACAUUGAUUCCAUUGGUUGUUGGGAUCAUGAUGACAUGUUAUAAGCCAUCUAACAAGAGCAAAAUCAUUCCCACCGGUGGUGAUUCUAUGUCUUCUGCUUAUUCGACAGGGCUAGUAUUUGCCUUUAUUUCAAUGUUGAUCUUUGUUAGUCAAAACAUCUUUGCAAAAGACAAACUAGCUACUCCUAAGGAACAGCCGACUGUAGUGCCUACUACAACUGUUUUGAAUAAGCAGAAAAAGAAGUUGGACAAUUUAACCAUUUUGUUUUACUGUUCUCUUGUUGGAUUUACCUUUACUUUCCCAGUUUAUGUCACAUCGGAGUUGUUUAGUCCCAAAUUUUCACUUGCGCAACUCGAUACCUCGAUCUUGGGACUAAUUUUGAUUAAUGGAGUUAGUCAUUUUACACAAUCAAUCUUGGCAUUUCAGAUUCUCAGACUCCUUUCCCCAAUUGACUAUUCAAUUGCCAAUAUUCUCAAGAGAAUCUUUAUCAUCUUGAUUUCGUUCAUUUGGGAGUUGAAGAAUUUCACUACAUUGCAAUCAUUUGGAUUAGUUACAACUCUACUUGGCUUGUAUUGUUAUGAUAGAUGGGGUACACAACGAGAAAAGACAGUUUAG